UACAGCUCAGCUGUUAUGGAGCCAAAGGAGCCCCUGGGGCUUAGGGAAAUAUGCAUCUCUGUCCAUCUCUUUAUCCAUUCUCGAAUUCUCUACCCCCUCCCAUUCUUCCCCAGUCAUUCAUUCUCUCCGCCCAUACUGAGCAAGCAGCCUCUUCCUCCUCCUCCUCCUCCUCCUCCUCCUUCUCCCCUGCAGUCUUUCACCUCUUGCCUCCUGCUACAAUCUCCCUUCUCUGCAAUAGUCUGUUGCUGUGUUGCACGCUGCAUCAUGAUGCAUAGGGGCUGCAUGUGGGGUCUCUCCUUGUUCCUGUCUCUGAGUUUGGGAUGGACGAAGGCCCAGGACACGAACUACACCAGGCCUGUGUUCCACUGUGGAGGAGACUUGGUCGCAGACUCAGGCUUUGUUGGCAGUGAGGGGUUCCCAAGCUUCUACAAACCCAACAGCAAAUGUACCUGGCGCAUCACUGUCCCAGAGGGGAAUGUGGUCAUGCUUUCCUUCCGCAUUUUUGACCUGGAAGCUGACUCACAAUGUCGCUACGAUUAUCUGGAUGUUUACAAUGGCCAAACCAACUUGGUACAAAAGCUGGGCCGCUUUUGUGGAACUUUCCGUCCCGGUGCUCUGAUCUCCACCACCAACACCAUGAUGCUAGAGAUGGUGUCUGAUUCAGAGACGCAGGGUAGAGGGUUUGUGGCCUAUUUCAGCGGAGCCAAGCCAUACGUAGAUGACCAACAGUUCUGUGGGGGAAAGUUAACAAAAGAUCAGGGAGAGAUCAAGACCCCCAACUGGCCUGACAAGAAAUACCCAGCAGGAACCAGCUGCUCCUGGCUUAUCACAGUGGAACCUGAUAUGGUAAUCCUAGUAACGUUUGAUAAGUUUGCCUUGGAGGCUGACACCUACUGUCGGUUUGACUACGUGGCAUUCUUCAACGGCGGAGAGAAAGAUGAUUCUCGCCUGAUUGGAAAAUACUGUGGCGAUAACACCCCACAGCCCAUUAUCACUAGUGGCAACGUCCUACUGGUCCAGUUUGUGUCUGACCUCAGUGUGAUAUCUGAUGGAUUCAUGGCCCAAUAUACCAGUGUCCCACGUGGUACUCAGAUACCAAUAGUUAACUCAGGAGCUGGUACGAGGACCAUCCCUUCAAAACCUGCCGUCAAACCCGCUGCACCUAAAGGCCCCAUCCCCACUUCCAAAUAUGUGCCACCUCCUGCGCCUGAGCCCACUGAGAGACCUAAACCAGUCAAGCCCACGAGAGGCCGUGGACCAGGCACCACUGGCCAGGACAGGAGGGUGCCUGUCACAAGACCAAACGGAAAGAAGCCUGUCCCUCAAAAUCCACUGUGUGCCAAAGCCUGUAAAAGAGAUGGAACCAUAAAGAACAGUUUCUGCACCAGUGAAUUUGUGAUAACCGGGAAGGUGACCUCCAUGGCCCCCGGGCCCCGUGGCACUCUUCAUGUUAGCGUCUCCAUCAUUAAGACCUACAAAACAGGCCGGCUAACAAUCACACAAGUUGGAGAAACUAUGGCGGUGAAGCUGGUGUCACAGUGCAAGAAGUGCCCGUUGUUCCGCAGAGGUGGAAACUACAUUAUCAUGGGUCAAGUGGAUGAAGAGGGACGUGGUACUCUGGUACCUGGUGCAUUCACAGCUCCAUACAAAGCCCCACAUCACAAAUUAUUAGUGAAUAUCAACAACAAACCCUGUUAACCUCACAAGACUGCCCAGGCCAGGAAAUCCAAACAAAUCCAUAAGUUUCAAUGUGAAAUACAGAUGAUCUAUUAAAGCACAAUAUCUCAGUAAAACAUAGCAGCAAUUUUAUCCAUCACAUUAAAGGAAAACAAAUACUUUUUUAUCCAAACACUUGCCAAACCUUACGUUUGUAAUUUAUAUAUGAAUAAAGGUUUUAUAUCUCUUUCA